CUGAGAGAAACCCAGCUGUCCAAGAAGAUGUCUGCCACUGUGUAUGACUUUCAGGGACUAAAACUUGACAACUUUGAAAGGCUGAAACUGCGCCCUGUGGAAGGGAUCCCCCUUAUCGAGACAACAGCAGACACAUGGGACCAAGUGAAAACAUUCCAGGCAAAAUCAGAUGACCUGCUUAUUGCCACGUAUCCCAGAGCAGGUACCACUUGGAUGCAGGAGAUUGUAGAUAUGAUCAACAAUAAAGGCAACAUUGAGAAAUGCAUACGAGGGCCUAUGCAUGACAGAUUUCCCUUCAUAGAAAUUGUCCCAUUGCCACCUAGCCCAUCAGGAGUCAAGCAUGCAGAACAAAUGCAGUCUCCACGUAUAAUCAAGACACAUCUACCUUUCCAACUCAUCCCGAAGUCAUUCCUAGAAGAGAAGUGUAAGAUUAUCUAUGUGGCACGAAAUGCUAAAGACAAUGCUGUCUCCUACUACCACUUCCAUCAGAUGAACCGAGGUUUGCCUGAGCCAGGCACGUGGGAAGAAUUCCUGAAAAAAUUCCAGGAAGGCACAUUGUGCUGGGGUUCCUGGUAUGCGCACGUUCAGGGAUGGUGGGAUGCAAAAGACCAUCAUAAUAUUCUCUACAUCUUCUAUGAAGACAUUAAAGAGAGCCCAAGGCGGGAAAUCCAGCGUGUGAUGCAGUUCUUGAAUGCAGAUCUACCAGACAACAUUUUGGAGAAGAUUUACCAACACACAUCAUUUGAGUUUAUGAAGAAGAACCCAAUGACAAAUUACAGCACAAUCCCACCACCAAUUUUUGAUCACACUAUCUCUGCUUUCAUGAGAAAAGGGAUUGUUGGAGGCUGGAAGGACAGCUUUAGUCCAAGCCAGAAUGAAGCCUUUGAUAAAGACUACAUGAGAAAGAUGGCCAAAUCUUACCUUAUGUUCAAAUGGGAGCUCUAACUCAUGCAAAUGCACCAAUAUUUUCAUGAAAGUAAUACUUCGUAAGCUAAAUGUAUUCCUGCAUGGCUGCAAGAAAAGAAAAAAAAAAACAAAGAAGCUUUGUCCACACUUAAGUAUACAUGGAAAUUAUUCUACUUUUUAACUAGCACUACUAUAGGUAUUAAAGCUGUUGAUGAGAUUAUAGAUAUUUUUGGUGGAGGGGAGACAGAAAUAUGGUGAUGUCUGCAGCGGCCCUUAUUAGGGCAACACAAAUGUGCUGAUUUUAAAUGUUAAAUUCUGAUUUAUUAAGUUACCAUUUAAGUUGUGGAUAGACACUCGACCAAAACUGCUCUAGCAAUAUUAAUCUGUUAUCUUAGGACUGUUUCCAUUUUUAAUAUAUAUAAAGAUUGCUCAUGACAUUUGUAUGCAUUUUAUAAAAUUAUUUUUGACAUCCUCUGAGAACCUUGUUCAAAUGUCAUGUUAAUUACAAGUAGUCCGUUUCAUUUUUUUGGUCUUUCUAAGAACCCAGAACUUGAUUUUAAACUAAAUUCAUGUAAACAUAUUUUAUUAUCUGGAGAAAUAAGCCAAAAUGUGAAAUUCUCUUUUAAUAACAAGAUUUCCACAUCAAACAGAAAGCGCUUUCAUCCACACUGGACUUUUUCAUACUGAAUAAUGUGACUAAAAACUUCCAUGCUUUUAAUAGCAAAUCAAAACACAUGACUACAUAAUACCUUUUUCUUUUUAGGAAGGCUACAAAAUCCACUCUAUCAUUCAACCCAGGUAGAUAGCAGGCAUUCAGGCUAACCUGCCACUCAUAUUCUUUCCACCCAAGUUCUUCUUCUGCAUUAAACUUACAUUCUACAUUUGACACUUCAUCUAAAACACAAAAUUUAAAAUCUAUUUUACAUGCACUAUUUUUAUAAUGUUUACCUAAUGUAUUUCUCUCAUCCUGAAUGCUGGCAGCAUACUUAUGCUCAUAUAUCCAUCGAUUUAAUUUCCCCUGUGGUAAGUCCCACAUAGAAUGCUUUGAAUGACAAACAUAUUGCUAAAUAGACUAUAAAUCUUGAUUUACAAGUGUACCUUCCUUUCAACUGAAUGUGAUAGCCUCCAAUCAUAAUUUCUUCCUGUGUCAGUCAUUAAAAAAUACAUAAAUUACAACUCAAGUAUUUGUACAUUCUAGUGUUAGCACACUUUUUCAGAGGGGGAUUUAAUUUAGCUUGAAAAAGAUUUUUAAAACUUUUCCCCUUCUUUUGUACAAAAAAACGAUGCUUCUCCUACUAUUUUUGUAACUUCAGAAUUAUACUUAAAAAGCUUCCAGUUAUUUGUAAUGAUAUUUUUGAUGGAUUGAG